AUACACGGGAAAACAAGAGUUGUGGGUACAGAGAACUAGAGGGGAACAAAAGUAAUUAUUGAAUAAGUCAGGGGUCUUAAACCCUAAAUUUAACCGAGAACUCUGAACAAAAACUUCUACAGAUUUUCGCUAAAUACAAGUACUCUUUUGCACUGACUACCAACAGCGUAGAAUCUAACAUACAAACGCAGAAGCAGCAUAAAGAAGGGAUUGAAGUGAAUAUGCAUAUUCUUCGUAGAAAUCUACUGCAGAGAUUUACCUCCAAUUUCUUCAAUCAAGCAGUUAAGGCCAGAAAAUUAUCUAGUAGAACAGGUGUUGAUGUGGGGCAACCGACAUCCAACACUCAUCCUCAGUUAUUAAAGGAAGGGGAGAUUACUCCUGGCAUAAGCAGUGAUGAGUAUCUAUGGAGACGGAAGAAGUUGUUGGAACUUCUUCCGGAGAAUUCUUUGGCGAUUAUUGCAUCUGCCCCUGUGAAGAUGAUGAACGAUGUUGUGCCUUACACUUUUCGACAAGAUGCCGAUUAUCUCUAUAUAACUGGCUGUCAACAGCCGGGUGGCGUUGCUGUUUUAGGUCAUAACUGCGGGUUAUGCAUGUUCAUGCCAGAAGCGAGUCCCCAUGAUAUUAUUUGGCAAGGUGAGGUUGCUGGAGUUGAUGCAGCUCUAGGCACAUUCGAGGCUGAUGAAGCAUACCCGAUAAGUGCUUUGGAUAAGAUCCUCUCAAGCAUGAUAAAAAACUCGGACAAAUUAUUCCAUAAUGUGAAUACAGCAAAUUCUGCUUAUACGGAGUUGGCGCCUUUUCAACGAGCAGCCUCCGAUGGCAAAGUGAAUGACUUUUCAGUUUAUAGUCAUGACGCACGGUGGAUCAAAUCCGAAGCUGAGCUUAAUUUGAUGAGAAACUCUGCGUCUAUAGCUUGUCAGUCUCUUCUGCAGACGAUGCUGCAUUCAAAAUCAUUUCCUAAUGAGGGUUUGCUGUCAGCCCAGUUUGAAUACGAAUGCAAAAUGAGAGGUGCCCAAAGAAUGGCGUUCAAUCCCGUGGUUGGUGGUGGUCGUAAUGGCAGUGUCAUACAUUAUGCUAGAAAUGAUCAAACAAUUGAGGAUGGGGACCUGGUUCUCAUGGAUGUAGGAUGUGAGUUUCAUGGUUAUGUUAGUGAUCUUACUCGUACAUGGUCGCCCUGCGGAAGAUUUUCUUCAGUUCAGGAAGAACUUUAUAACCUUAUAUUGGAAACAAAUGAAGAAUGUUUGAGACUCUGCAAACCAGGCACGACCAUUCGGGAGAUACACAACUAUUCGGUAAACAAGAUGCGGAAAGGAUUCAAAGAGCUCGGAAUAUUGAAAAGAGAUAACCCUCAGCAUUACCAGUUGUUGAACCCAACCAGCAUAGGUCAUUAUCUUGGAAUGGAUGUCCAUGAUUGCUCCAAAAUCAACUACGAUCGCCCUCUGAAACCCGGUGUUGUAAUCACAAUUGAACCAGGGGUUUACAUCCCUUCAAAUUCUGAUGCUCCCGAUAGGUAUCGAGGCAUUGGGAUCAGAAUUGAAGACGAAGUUCUCAUCACAGAGUCGGGAUAUGAGGUACUUACCGGCUCAGUGCCGAAAGAAAUUAAGCACAUGGAAUCAUUGCUCAACAAUUUGUGUAACGGGAUGGGGACGGAGACUCAAAACACCGUGAGAACGGCUUCUAGUUGAGCACUUCUUAUAAUUCAAUAUUCAAUUGGAAAUGGCAACCAAGCUAUAUUUUCCAAUUUCGAAAUUGCUUUUUGUUAUGCAUUCUUGGCCCAGAAGCUUUCUAGCCCUGCUCCUGCAUUUGUUACGGUAUUUCUAUUUUGUAAGUAUUUUUCAGGUUAUUUAUUUAUUUAUUUAUUUUAUAAUUCAUAAAGUACUCUUGAUAUGAUUAAAUUUUGCUGCCAUCAGUGGCUGUAUGUGUAAAUAACGCCCUUUAGAUUUUUAUCCAUUCCCAGAAAGGUCUUUGUAUAGCUUU